AUGCGUUACAAGCAAUUGAUUUGCAAUCAAUUGUUUUCGUAUUACAACGAAACGGAUAUUAGUGUCGAGUGUAGGCAAAUAAUCCAUCAUUUAUUGGACGAUAGCCUUAUUGUCCAACAGGAAUGGCUGUUCACAAUGGUGGACUCUUCGGCCACUUUGGGCACCGGUAUCUUAAAGGGAACGACACAUUUCUUUGGAGACUAUGAUGAGUGUCUGGGUAUUAAUUCACACACAAAUGGAAACGGUAUUCACAUAUUGGGUCAGUAUUGUACUUUAGAGAUACCCAUGAGAUAUAUUAUUGGAAAUGUGCAUUUCAAAGUAAGGGAUGAAUUGAAUGGUAUGAACGCAUCGAUCGAUUCAUUGAAACACUUAUUGAGCGCACGAUUAGAGCAAUGCGUUCACAGAAAUGAUAAUCCGAUUCAAUGGUUGCAUAUCAUCAUUGGUGGUUUGCUUCGAGCAAAUGGACAGUUAGGCCGAUCGCAUGGGACGGGUAGCACUUCAGCCGUCAAGUGUUUGUUUCCGAUCCGCAAAAUCAUUCGCCGAUUCGUACGCCUAAUGCCAUCCGUCGGCGCUGUCAUUGCAUUUGCCAUUUUAUUAGAGGUGUUGGGGUCGGGGCCCGUGUGGCACCAGUAUAUGAUUCUUAACUCUGGAGUUUGCCGUCACAAUUGGUGGGCCACCAUGCUCAAUUUGAACUGGUUUAAUUUAUGGAGCACUAAGUAA